AUGGAGAAACCCUCUUCAUCUUCUACCUCAGAACCAGCAGCUCAACAAAUCUCAGCCAUUUUUCCUGAUGAAGUCAUCAUUGAGAUCCUCACAUGGCUUCCAGUCAAGUCAAUAUUGAGGUUCAAGUGCGUGUCAAAGUGUUGGCUUUCCUUUAUCUCUAGUCCACUGUUCAUCAGGACCCACUUGUUAAAAUCUGUUAACAAGAGUGACUAUGAUCAACAUAGGCUCCUUUUACGUACUAGAGAGGAGUUGGCAGAGGAUUUCGUUAGGUUCAACCUCAAGAACUGUGAUCUUUCACCUGUCUUGUGUAAUGCACCCAUUGUAGAGGCGACUAACCUGUCUGAUUCUCUGGGCCGUGGUGGAGAUGUAGAGCGUGUCGAGACUGAUUUUAGGACGGAUAAUUUCCAUGAUGUGCAAAUUGUUGGUUCUUCUAAUGGGUUGAUUUGUGUGACUGUAUCUGGAGAUGUUCUUUUGUGGAACCCAUCCAUUAGAAAAUUCAAGAAAUUACCCGAUUUUGGUCCUAAACCAGAUGAUGAUGAUGAUGGUUAUUUUUAUGUGUUUGGGUAUGAUGAGUACGAUGAUGAUUACAAACUUCAUUGGAGCACAUCUCCUAGAUUUGGUCGAUGGGGGAAAAUACUUAGUCUUGAUUUGGCGAAUGAGACAUAUGGAGAGGUUGAACAGCCAAAAUACGGGGAGGGAACUUUUGAUUGGACUCUAGAAGUAUUAGGUGGAUGCCUUUCCAUUGUCCGUUAUUAUCGAAGUAGUCGUGUGGAAGUUUGGAUUUUGAAGGAUUAUGGUGUCAAGGAAUCUUGGACUAAAGUGGUUUUGAUUUCUAAUUUUAGUGAUCCUGGCUAUUUGUGUAGCUGCAAACCAGUGUUCCAAUCAAACGAUGGUGAAAUUCUGUUUUACUACUUAUCAAACCUGCCAGGUUUGAUGCUUUACAAUCCAAAAAGUAAUUCAUUGAUGCAUCCUCAUAUUACUAAACUGGAAGUUCUUGUCGGAGUGAACAUGUAUGUUGAAAGCUUAGUUUUGCUUGAUGACCAUGAUGGAGGAGAAAGGCGCAGACUGUGA